GCAGUGGUAAUUUGAUGACAGAAAGCAAAGGGGUGGCCGUUUCAGCUUCUAGCGGUGGCGUGUCUGUCUCUGGCAGCCAAAAUCUAGGAACCAUGCGUUCCAGUGAUCCUAGAUCUCCAGGUGUUGGAACCCGAGUUCGUCUUCGACCCCAAAACGGUUCAACGAAUGGAGCUCUAUGUCAUGUCCAAUCUCCAUUGGAGGCUCCCUUCGACUUCCUCGACUACUUCAUCUCCAAGCUCCCUUCUUCAGCUUCCAAUUCCAAUUUUCUUGGCCCCAUUCUAUCAUCUUCUUCCGAGAUCAUUCUCAACACCAUUCGUGUGAUUGAUUUCUUGGGUUUUCCUCCGUCGGCAAUUGCAGCGGCCGCCGUGCUUACCGCCGUCGGUGAAAGUGUCCAUUUACCAGAAGGCGGCUUUUAUGAGAGAGCAAAUAAAGAAAUGGUGAGAAGCUGUCACCAACUAAUGGAGGAAUACCUAGUGGACACAUGUCCUUCGGCUGGCUUUAAACAUCAAACAGUCGAGCCGCCUUCACCGUUGAGCCCAGUCGGCGUGCUGGAUGCGGCGGCGUGUGCGAGUUGCGACACUCAUUCGGACAAUCGGGUCUCUAUUUCCGGGUUUGGGUCAAGUCAAGCCGAACCUCCGAACAAACGGCUCGAUCGUCUGCGUCGGAUGUACAGUAGCAUUGUGAAUCCUUUUUUCAACUUAUAUUUUGCGGAGAAAAAAAAAAAAACAAAGCCUCUUUUUGUUGUCAAUCUCUUUGCCAUUGAUUGCAUGUCAUCAACGGUGGGGAUCUUAGAGGCUAUUUUUGUAAUUUUAUCUUUAUUUAUUGUUCUUAGUAUCAUAGUAUGUAAAUAUGGAGAGUCGGAUAUUUGAAAAUUUUUUGAAAGAUUAGAAGAAUGAUGUGGAAGUGAAGUGAGAA